AUGUCCGGUAGCACUGCGAACCGUAUCAAGGAGGGUGCAAGAAGCGCCGCUACCAAAGUCGAGAGUGCGACGACAGAAGCAGUAAACAACCCGGUACAGGCCAAGAAUGACUUCCUUCAUUUACCGCUCACGCGAGCUGCCCUACCUUUUGUCAAUGGAGGUCUUGCGGGCAUGUUCGCAACGGGUUGUAUUCAACCCAUAGACAUGGUCAAAGUGCGCCUGCAAUUGGCAGGCGAAGGCAUAAAGACGGGACCGAAACCUUCGGCCAUCGGUAUCACAAAGGAUAUCAUUGCUCAAGGUAAAGUUCUAGACUUGUACACUGGCCUUUCAGCAGGCCUCUUAAGACAGGCAGUCUAUACCACUGCAAGACUAGGAUUCUUCGACACUUUCCAGAACAUGCUGCAAGCCAGAGCCGAAAAGAAUGGCACAAGCAUCGGCUUCUUGGAACGUGGUGCUGCCGGUCUCACCGCCGGUGGUCUUGCCGCGAUGGUGGGCAAUCCUGCAGAUCUGGCUCUCAUUCGCAUGCAAUCCGAUGGCCUCAAGCCCAAGGAAGCUCGAGCAAAUUAUCGAUCCGUCUUCGACGCGCUCACGAGAAUCGCCAAAGCUGAAGGAGUUACUGCUCUUUGGGCGGGUGCAUAUCCCACCGUUGUGCGUGCUAUGGCUCUCAACUUCGGUCAGCUUACCUUUUUCGCCGAGUCCAAGGCUCAGCUGAAAACUCGUGCGCCCCAACUGUCUGAGAGUGCCAAUCGAUUUGGUGCAUCUGCAAUUGCUGGGUUCUUCGCUUCAUUCUUCAGCUUGCCAUUUGAUUUCGUCAAGACGAGACUGCAAAAGCAGCAGAAGGGUCCCGAUGGAAAACUCCCUUAUGCUGGCUUCCUUGAUUGCGCCAAGAAGGUCGUUCGUGAUGAAGGCUGGCUGAGAUUCUAUCGUGGAUUCGGAACCUACUAUGUCAGAAUUGCACCCCAUGCUAUGAUCACCUUGAUCGUCGCCGAUUACCUCAAAUUGAUCACGGCUUAA